GUGUCGAUCAUUUCAAACUGCUCGGGCAUUGAAACAGCUGAGAGUUGGUGUUGACUGGAAGACACAGCACGGUGUUGGCCGGUCGAACAGCUAAAGCCCUGCUGCUGCCGCGUCCCUCUUGGGACGCUGCAACUCCCGCCUCGACAACAUGGCAAACCGCAUGUCAAUCUAUUCGAUGGCCUCAGAUUCGGGGCUAGGUGGUCCUAGGGGCCAACCCUCCUCCCAGGUCUCGACGACGACGCUGCUGAACGCCAUCCACAACAUCUACCUGUCUUCACAACCAUACCAGCUUGAUCCUGGAACAAGUCUCGUGGUCAACACAUGGCUUACGGCGUCCCAAGCCGGCCCGGACGGGCGCGUAGGGCCUACUGUAGAUGCUGCCUUGGCAGCAAGGGCAUGGGAACAUGCUCGUCGUCGUGCCGAGGACGGCUGCAUUAUUCUUGGCUCACUUCACACGUCGACACCCUCGCUUCUAAGGCCAUUUCUCUCCUCUCUCCCAAUCUCGAUCCCUGAUACGCUGCUUCAGUCGCUCGAGGCCAUCGAGCCUUUCAUCCGAUGUGUGACUCCGUACAAUCCCUCAACCCCCAGGCAAACUGCCCUCGCUGUGACGCUUACCCUCAACCUCGCGGGCAACCUGGCUGCGGCGUCAAUUGCGCUGUCGCAGGGCGGAAUCGAUACAGAAAAGGGCCUGCUGCGUAUUCCCGCACAACCGGGUUACAGGGCCUUCGAUGCUUUCUACUACCUGCUCACCUCGGCCUCAACUCCUGCCGAACGAGAGUUUCUUGGGCUCAAGGGUGCCUCGAGCUACAGCCUUCUCGCCCGCUCCGGCACCUACGACCCUCCCUCUUAUCUGCCCACAGCUGACGACGGUGCCGCUGCCGACGAUUUCCGCUCCGCCCUGAAGAGCAUCGGGAUCAAAGGAUCUGCCCACCGCAGUCUCAUCUCAACACUUACUGGUCUCUUGAAGUUGGGCAACACCGUCGAUUAUAAUGUUGACGAAGAAGUGCUGGAGGAGAUCUGUGAAGAUGUUGGCGGUUUAUUAGGAAUCGAGCCUGAGAUCCUCGCCAGACAGUGCACCACCGAGGACCGUGCCACCCUCAUCGAAGGUCUGUAUGAGGCAUUGGUAAAUUGGGUAAUCAUGAAGGCAAAUGAAGCAAUUGCGGCCCAAAUGGGCCGAAUCAGAAAUGGGGAAGAAUCUGUGGACGGAAGCCAAGGAGAUCGGUCACCAGCCGCUCCUCAAGACCCCGGCGAUACCGUCUGCCUGACCCUGCUCGAAAUUCCCGACCCGAAUUUGGGCAAGGCCGUGGCUAUGAGAGGUGUUUUUGACGACAGCCAAGGGAUCAACGCCGAGAUGAAGCAGGAUGGCGUCGAGGUCGUUGCUGCGAACAGCUCUGUUUUACGGGAAAUGCAGAACGCCGUGGCCGAGUGCGGGCCUGACCUGGGCUUGAUGAUAGGGACACUGGGAAGGGAAAGGCAGCAUGUUCUCGACAAACGCGAAGAGGUCCUGGAGAAAGUGGCUCAUUCUUCCGACGAUGAUGGGUUCCUCAAGAAGCUCCUAUUGCCGGACCUCGGGCGAGGCGGCCGUAUCGACCUCGCGAACGUUCUGAGCAGCAGCCGGGCGUGGUAUCACCUCUGUAUCCACCCGACUGACGAGUCGCCCGCCAGCUUGGCGGCACUCCCUUCGGUCACCUCAGCCUGGUCUGCCGGGACCGUCUCGCGUCAACUCCGCGCAUGGAGAUUGGCAGAGUGGUCAAACCGGCGGAACAGGCACCUAGAUUUCACCGCGGACUUUGACUUUGACGAGUUCGUGCAGCGCUACCGCUCGCUGGGAUGCAUGGAUGGUCGCGACGGCAUCGAGAGUUGGAUCCUCGAACGCGGCUGGACCAAUGGCGAGGUAGUGGUCGGGCGCGAGCGUGUGUGGAUGAGGGAGAACGCCUGGUGGGAAGCCGAGAGCAUGCUCGAUUUGAAACCUUCCGAUGUUGAGAGGCUCGGGAGUAUGCCCCACAUGCUUCCCCCAGGUGGUUUUGGCUCCGGCUAUUCCGCCACCGGGAGCGGCUUCUUCCCGCCGCAACCCUUCGCUGACGCCUCCUCCAACGGGAGUCGCGACCAGCUAGUCCACCAUCAGAGGAAUAUGAGCCACACUACUCUCGGUGCCGCCCAUCCUCUGAUGGCUCCCUCCAUCGCUCCCACUGCCAUGACCGGAAUGCAGAACGCAAGCAACGGCGACUAUGGCCUCGGCCACAAGGGCGACAGACACAAAGGCGACGUCUUCUUUAACAGCGAAGGCGAAUUCACAGGCAAGCUGGACGCCGACCUCGCUGCCGGCAAGAAAAUCGAGGAGCGGCCCAUAUCCACCAGCAGAAAGGUCUGGGUUGCGGUUGUGUGGGCCCUCACUUUCUGGAUUCCAUCGCCCUUGCUCCGCUACAUUGGCCGUAUGAAGCGGCCUGAUGUCCGCAUGGCGUGGCGCGAGAAAGUGGUUAUUUGCAUGUUCAUCGUCCUCCUCAAUGCCAUUAUCGUGUUCUGGAUCAUCUUCUUUGGACGCCUGCUUUGUCCCAACUUCGACAAGGUGUGGUCGCGGGAGGAGGUCGCAAAUCAUAAUGGAGAAGAGGAUUUCUGGGUCAGUGUUCGCGGCAGAGUAUACGACGUCACGAAGUUCUGGAAACUGCAGCACAGCACCAACGGAAUCGACACGACAAGCGAUGUCAUGCUCCCCCUGGCCGGCCUGGAUAUGGACAACUACUUCAUACCGCCACUCGAGUUUGCCUGCCCGGGGCUUGUGUCCGACAAAACAAUUCGACUCGAGCUCAACACCUCCCAAGAGUACCAGAUAGCCGUCCACACAUCAGGAUACUAUGCAUCCGACCCAACCAGUAACCUGGGGAGCGAAACCUGGUAUAGGGACAAGUUUCUGAAACGCAUGGAGGAAUAUUACCACGGCGAGCUCGUCUGGGAUACGAACAAGAUUGCACAAGAGGGCUCAAGUAACAACCAUGCAUGGUUCAUCUAUGAAGGCAAGGUAUAUGACCUCACCGACUACAUGUAUACCCAGAAGGUAUACAGGGACAAUCCUCGAUGGGCUUUUCUCGAUUCCCAGGUCGUCGGCCUCGUGAAGAACAACCCCGGCCAAGAUCUCACCGAGCAGCUCAAUACCAUUCGGCGGAACGCUAGGUCAAACGACACCGAAUUCGCUAGCGUCGCCAACACCAUGAACUGUCUGAACAACCGCUUCUACAUCGGCACAACGGACUUCCGGUGGUCUGCGAGGUGUCAGGUGAACAAUUGGAUCCUGGUCGGUUUCGCUGCCAUCCUCUGCGCUGUGAUUCUCAUCAAGUUCGUCUCGGCUUUGCAGUUCGGUUCCAAGAGACGACCGUCGCCCCAGGACAAGUUCGUUAUCUGUCAGGUGCCGGCAUACACGGAAGGCGAAGACUCGUUACGCAAGGCUCUCGACUCUCUCACAGCCCUCCAGUAUGACAACAAGCGCAAACUGAUCUGUGUCAUUUGCGAUGGCGUCAUUGUCGGCGCUGGAAAUGACCGUCCGACGCCCAAGAUUGUCCUGGAUAUUCUCGGUGUCGAUCCCAAGGUUGACCCGCCUGCCCUUCCUUUCAAAUCCGUUGGUACCGGCAGUGAGCAGCUCAAUUAUGGCAAAGUCUACUCCGGUCUCUACGAGUACGAAGGGAACGUGGUCCCGUAUCUUGUGGUCGUCAAGGUGGGCAAGGAGUCGGAGCGGAACAAGACCAAGCCUGGAAACCGCGGCAAGCGUGACUCUCAGAUCUUGCUCAUGAGCUUCCUCAACCGCGUCCACCACCGCGCUCCCAUGAAUCCCCUCGAACUGGAAAUGUUCCACCAGAUCAAUAACAUUAUCGGCGUGGACCCCGAGCUUUAUGAAUACCUUCUUAUGGUGGAUGCCGAUACCUGCGUUCGCGAGGACUCCCUCAACCAGCUCGUUUCCGCUUGUGCCAAUGAUGCUAAGAUUGCGGGUAUUUGUGGCGAGACAAGCCUGCAGAAUGAGGAACGGUCCUGGUGGACUAUGAUCCAGGUCUACGAGUACUUUAUUUCCCACCAUCUCGCAAAGGCCUUUGAAUCCCUCUUCGGCAGUGUCACCUGUCUGCCCGGAUGUUUCUCCAUGUACCGCCUGCGGACGGCUGACAAAGGGAAGCCCCUGAUCAUCUCCGACGAGGUUAUCCGUGACUAUAGCGAUUGCCACGUGGAUACCCUUCACAAGAAGAACCUGCUGUCGCUCGGCGAGGAUCGCUACCUGACCACCCUCAUGACCAAGUACUUCCCGUAUAUGUCAUACAAGUUCAUCCCCGAUGCCUACUGUCAGACGGCAGCGCCAGAGAAAUGGAGCGUCCUGCUGUCCCAGCGUCGCCGUUGGAUCAACUCGACCAUUCACAACCUGGUUGAAUUGAUGUUCCUUCCCGAGAUGUGCGGCUUCUGCUGCUUCUCGAUGCGAUUCGUCGUGUUCAUCGAUCUCUUCGGCACCAUCAUCCUUCCGGCGACGUGCGCCUACCUAGUGUGGCUCCUGUACACUGUUAUCUCGCGCACCGGACCAUUCCCGCUUAUCUCCCUCGUCAUGCUCGCGGCCGUGUAUGGGCUCCAAGCCCUCAUUUUCAUUCUGAAGCGUCAGUGGCAACACGUGGGUUGGAUGAUUAUCUACAUCAUCGCCUUCCCCAUCUACUCAUUCGUCUUGCCAAUCUACUCCUUCUGGAACCAGGACAACUUCACAUGGGGUAACACGCGCAUCGUUAUUGGCGAGUCUGGCAAGAAGCAGGUGGUCGCCGUUGAUGACGAGGGCUUCGACCCGCGCUCCAUCCCACUCCAGCGCUGGGACGACUACGCGCUUGCCAACAACCUUCCUGGCCGCCGCGGUAACUACGGCGAAAAGGUCGGUGUCGACGCUACCAUGGGCAUGUACGACGAGAACUACGAGAUGGACGACAUGAAGUCGGUUUACUCCUCGGUCCGCCAGCCGUCCGUCCUUACCGGCCUUCCUGGCCGUGGCGCAAACACAUACAUUCCCCCGACGCCAAGCACCCCCUUCGCACCGGGCCCCAUGACGCGCACUAGCACUUUUGUCGGCGGCGGCGCUACCCCGUCACCCUAUGCCGACCCAACGCUCGCCCAUCGUCAAAGCAUGAUGUCAAUGGGCACUGUGGCCGACAUGCAACGGCGGCAGACCCACUCCCCGUACCAAGACUUCCCCGGUCAACGUGGUAGCACCGCAAACCUGGGCGUCCCGGGCGCGGCUAGCACCAACCGCCUCUCUGCUUUCUCCGGGCUAGGCGCUAGCCCGAGCAGGCUGGGCCUCAACGCCGACAACCGCGCGUCGUCGUUUGACUUCCAGCGAGGCCCCGGACCCGCGACGGAUGACGCGUCGAUCAUCGAGGCGAUCCAGGCGGUGCUGAGGGAGGUGGACCUAGACACGGUAACCAAGAAGCAGGUGCGGGCGCUGGUAGAGCAGAGGCUGCAGACCGAGUUGACGGGAGAGAGGAGGACGUUUAUGGAUAGGCAGAUUGAUAAUGAGUUGGCUAAUAUGUGAUAGACAGUGUUUCGGUUCUCUAUUCUGGUAUGGUUAGGCUUGGUUGGGUUGCGGUUUUGCUGGCUUUCCAUUUUGCUACUGUAUUG